CAGCGAUUAAUUUGUUUCUGAUCUGUGUUUUACCUUGUUCCAGAAUUCAGUAACAGCAAAGAAUGAUAAAUUCAUGGAUAAGUUUUCCAAUGAUUACGUUCAUAUAAAUGAGCAUUUUUCAGUUCCAUUUGAUGGCAUAGAAUUGUCUAAUGAUAAUAAUAAUAAUAAUCCAAUUCAUUAUAUAAACUAUGGAAUUGAAACAUUUACAUCGCCCACGUGCUUUGCUUAUACCAUGCAUUUGUUUACUUUGAUCACUGCAAUUCUUGACCAACCAAUAAUUUAUCCUAGAGAUUUUGUUGAAAUUUAUCCCAAGUUAAAACUGUUGGAUAUUUCCACUCGUGAUAUUUCUCAAUCAGAUCGUUGCCAAGCAAUUUGCAUACUAAAGCGUAACAUCAUGUCUUUGGGUUCAAGAUUUAAUUUAUAUCUGACGCCAGAAAAGCAUGCGUUGUAUAACUUGAAAUAUUUAUUUGAUCAUUUUCAGAACAAUUUAUUAACAAACAUAUACCAACAUGAUAUUGUCGGGUUUGUAUAGUUGUUUUGUUUUUCUUCAAAUAAAAUACAAUGUGGACUUCUUUUGAAUGACUGGUCAUAACAACAAUUUGAUUAUGGAUUGAUUGAUUAUGAAUAUGAUGAUUAUCUCAUUUUAUCUCAAUAUAUUUUGCACUUGUUAAAAUGCAUUAAAUAACGCAGAUAAUUAGUGACACUGUGUGUGUGUGUUCUAACAUGUAAAUUAUAAGAGCAAUUAAUGUGCAUAAAAAUAGUUUUAUCUAAUUAAAAAGUACAUAAUAUUUAUACUUAACAAAUCAAUAAUUAAGACUUGUGUUUACUCUGUAAAUAUAAGUACACAUAGUUA